UUUCGUUGUCCGGAGGGACUAUUAUCAACGCGAGCUGCAUCGUAAUUUAUUUUUGUUUUUUCGAUAGCAGCUGGAAGAUCUAUACGACCCCAAAUUAAACAAAGUCGCGCGGUAACGCGAAAACUGUUCGGCUCUUGUUUCAAAAAUUUGUGCGCUAUUGUUUGACGCUUAACCUGAUGAGAUUUUCGAAAGGCUGUACCUGCCUGUCCACUGUCCUGUGUUGAUCCGGUGAUUCUUCAAGUUUCCACAGUGCCUGCUACCUUUAUAUGAAUUGUGCUCACUGUUUAUGUGAGGUAGUAAUUAUUUUUUGUGCAACAACUGGAUGGCCGGACGUUGUGGUGCUGCCUCGUUCCGUCAUAUGCGAUAUUCAAAUUUUUCCAUUCGUGAAACCCCAUCACUUACUGGUUGCCGGGUGCUGCUGGAAUUGGAUGAAGUUUAAUUGAAAUACGCACAUGCGAAGGGGUGUGUCGUACUUCGUACAUGCGUUGGUAGACGUGUGCGCGUUUGAAAAUAUUUUAGAGUUUUAAUUAACAUUUUUUGCGGGCUCACAUUUUGGCCAAAAAUAAUAACUGCUGCAGGAGACUAAUCUGUGCCAAGAGUAAAUAAAAAGUGGUAAAAAUUUGUUUAACCGUGCCUGAAUUGACGCGCUCGAAGAAGACAAAGGAGGAUCCACCUAUAUCAUAAUGGAGAUUAUUUCAAAUAAAGACGACACUAAAAUGGUCUCCAAAGUAAUUAGUUUUGAUGAGGUUGUUAAAACAUCAAUUGAAACAUUCCGGAACACAUUCGGCUCGGAACCGGACAUUGCCGCCUGUGCACCCGGUCGCGUCAACCUGAUUGGAGAGCAUUUGGACUACAACGAUGGCUACGUCCUGCCGAUGGCGCUGCCCAUGGUAACGGUGAUCGUCGGCAAGAAGAACUACACCCCAUCGACAUGCGAUGUGUUAACCUGUUUCGAAGGAACUCAGGAUGAAAAACGCUCCCAGUUUGAUAGCACCAGUAUUGCCAAAGGCUCUCCAAAGUGGCUCAACUACGUGAAGGGUGUGAUGUUCCACUUCGGCCAAACCAUUCCCGGCUUCAACGCCGUCAUCAGUUCGAACGUUCCCGUCGGAGGAGGCCUGUCGAGCAGUGCGGCCUUGGAGGUGGCCACCAUCACCUUCCUGCAGCAAUUGACGGCUCGGAAAAUCGAAAAGGACAGCGAUAAGGCUCUGAUUUGCCAGAAAGCGGAGCACACGUUCGCAAACAUGCCGUGCGGUAUCAUGGACCAGCUUAUCUCGGUGUGUGGACAAAAGAACCGAGCGCUGCUGAUUGACUGUCGAUACCUCACCACAGAGUUGAUUCCAUUCGAAACAACUGGCCUGGCAGUACUUAUUUGUAAUUCCGGCGUGAAACAUGAACUGUCAUCCAGCGAAUAUCCCGUCCGUCGUAAGCAGUGCCAGCAAGCAUUGGAACUGAUGGGGCUCAACAGUUAUCGGGACGCCACCGAAAAGGAUUUGGAUGCUCUUAAGGGUGCCGACGAGGUGUUGCUGAGACGGGCCCGUCAUGUCAUCACCGAGAUCAAGCGCACCAUCGCCGCAGCGGAAGCUCUGAGGGCGAGCGAUUUCGAGCAGAUGGGAAAACUAAUGAACGAAUCGCACAAAUCUCUUCGGGACGAUUUCAACGUUUCCUGUCACGAGCUGGACAUCCUGGUUGAUGGAACGCUGGGCGCUCCCGGUGUGCUGGGCACACGGAUGACUGGCGGUGGAUUCGGAGGCUGCACCGUGACACUGCUUCAGAAGAGUGCCGUCGAGGACGCCGUGAAGGAGAUGGACACUAUUUAUUCGCGCAAAGUCGGUGGAAAAUAUCGGGCACGGUUCUACUUAGCAGAACCGGCCGAGGGAGCCAAGUUGAUCAAUUUGGAUCACUUGUGGCGAUGAGCAGAUCUUUGUUACUCGAGGUAAGUUGGGACAUUAAGACACAAAUAUCUAAGUGCCUUUGGUGGAGUAAUCCCUAUAGUUGUUAAAUAAAUUGUAUUUUCGUCUAAGGUUA